CGGUUUCUAGGUUCAGGGGAGAUAAUCGCGGUGUUGAUUAGCCCUUGGAAUUUCCUAAUGGGGAUGGGGGUUGCGAUUGCGCCAUUACUUGGACGGACAAGUGCCGUUGAGCUGGCUUCGGGAUUGUUAGUCACAAUCAGAUCAGAUUUAUCUUUUGACAGCUCGAGUUUAUUAUUUGAUGGGAUUCACUAUCUUGUCUGAUCAGUGAGUUCGGUGUGAUAAUCCGCAUUUCUCUUACUUCUUCUGGACAAGCUAUUUCACAUAAGGAAAAAGCUUUAGGAUCUUUGUACAUUUCAAGCUCAGUUUGGCUACAAGAGUGUAAUGUACGGCAUGGCCCAUGUAUUUUCCCAUUACAUGAUAUUUCGGGCUCGUCUACUUACCUUGUGUUUACUGCUCCUGACUCAACAUACGGCCUCCAAUAUACCCAACUCCCUCACAAUUCUCCAGCCUGAUGCCAUAUGUCAUACUUCUACACAUACUCGCAGGCAGUAAUGUGGAAUCUAGUACGAUAUCCGUCCGGAAUGAGAGAUGGCGCACGCGCUGGUUUCCCUGUCCCGGAACGUCCUUCUGCCACCCAGCACCAUUCAUACGAACCUUAACAAACCUCCUAUCGUUUUCCUCGAAUAUGACAUCCGAUACAGUAGCCCCAGGCUCUAUAGGCCUACUUCGCUUCAAGCCGUAGUCGACAAGAAAGACUCAGCCAAGUGGCGCAAACCAGUUGGCAAACCUCCACACAGCUAGACGGGCACUCAUGCGAUGUAAAGAGCGUUUAAUAUCAAUCAGGAAUACAUUUUCUGAUUUUAUAGCCCUAUCAACUUUUUCCGUGAGGGCUUGACCGGGUUCAAUGCCCAUGGUGACGAUUUCGUUUAGGGGAUAGGAGACAUGCACGAGAUGUAUGAUAUCUGCGUAUAAUAUGUUUGUGAGUCUAGCUGUGAGAGGAUUAUCAAAACAGGAUUCGAAUGGCCCUUUGGUGUUCUUCUUCAUAAUAUCCCUGGACUCUCUGCAUGCCCUCCACAUGCCCCUGUCCUUUCCAUUCUUCUCAUAUUCGUUUAUUGCCUCGCCUUUAUGCCUCAUGCACAGAACAUACUCUGUCUCGAGGAUGAAAGUAAGUGUCGACCUACCCAUCGGUUUGGAGUCAGGGCCGUUGGAUGAAUGGUCAUCUCCCAAAUGGUAUACAUGGACUGUAUGGCGAGGCUGAUCAAGAGCAAGUUCCCAUAUCAUCAGCCGUAGUUCUGUUGGCAGCUUGGGAAAGCUGGUGAAGGUAUCAGGCUACGGUACAGGAGAAGAUACGAUGUAGGACCUUGGAGUUAUUUAUCGAAUAUGGGAGGCUUUCAGAGUUCUAAAGAGAUCACGAUUCUUAUACGGCAAGUUACCUUAGACUAAUUUCCGGGCUAUUGAAUUUUUUACGCACAUAUGCCACUUGUAGCAGUUACCGAGAGAUCACAGCCUUGAUCA